AGGACUUUUUGGCGGGAACGCGAGGAGUGAAGUUGUGUGAUUUGUUUUAUUUUGUCUAUUUAAUGUUUCUUCAGGUUUAAAUGUGUAAUAAUGGUGGUUUAUUAAUUGUUUAAUAUCUGUGAAAGUGCACAAAUGUGGGAAAAUGAAACAAAGCCGCUGGACGUAACUUUUCGGGAUCCUCCAAAAAGUCCACUGAAAAAAUCUUAGUAAAUGACCAUCAUUUUACUGAGAUUAUAUUUCAUCCCAUUUCAUUUCAUUUAAUUUCACCUCAGUUGAUUAAUGUCUCAAAUUAAUCAUCUUCAUAUCAUUUCACUACAUAAUAUCAUUGUUCAUAAAAAUAUGAAUAUAAAUUAAAAUAAGACAUGACUUAAAGGUCUCAGUUACCAGGUCAUAAAAUCCAUUAAAAAAAAAACUAAUGAUAUUUAUAGUAAAAUUUAGUAAAUGCCCUUCCAAAUAGGUUAAGUUCCAAAUUUCCAAUCCGACUAAAAUCCGUUAAUAAAUAAACAAGGUUGAUUAAUUUUUAUUCAUUUUUAAUUUCAAUUUAUAGUAAUGGGCAAAUUAAAGUAAUAUCUAUUUCAAACUUUCUACUUAGAAAUGUUAUUGUCAAUAUUGGGAUACGAUUGGGAAUAUUUGUAUAAUAUUUACUUGCAAAUUUUGUCAGAAGUUUUAGUUUAUGUGAAAAAUUUUGCAUUGUACAUUUGUGCAUGGGUGUUAAGUUAUUUACUAGUAUGUGGUGCUGUAUAUCGACGGUACGCUCGAAAGCUUCCGACAAGAAUUCGCGGAGCACUCGGAGCGAAGAGAGUGCUCAUAGUUAUCGCACACCCAGAUGAUGAAUGCAUGUUUUUCGGACCAACGAUCUUUAGAUUGUGUGAACAGGGUACCGACGUGCAUAUACUAUGUUUGUCAAAUGGUAAUUUUGAAGGUAAAGGUCAAGUUAGGCGUAAAGAACUUUGGUCAGCUUGCCAAGAACUAGGAGUACCAGUUGAAAAUAUCUGCCUGAUUAAUGACACAAGACUGCAAGAUAGCCCUAAAGUACAAUGGCCUGUGCCCGUUAUUGCUAAGUUGAUACAUCAUCAAUUAGAAUCUUUAGCAGUAGACACACUUGUUACGUUUGACAGAGGAGGUGUAUCUUCUCAUCCUAAUCAUUCAGCAGUAUUUUAUGCUGUUGCUUUCAUGUUCGUCGAAAAGAUAAUGCCUCAAAAAUGUACAGUUUACACAUUAGAUUCAGUAAAUAUAUUGAGGAAAUACAUGGGCUUCUUAGAUCUACCACUCAGUUUCAUUUUGUCUUCCAAAAGAUAUUUUCUGCGAUGGACAGAAAGCAGAAGAAUAGUCAGAGCCAUGAAACUCCAUUCCUCACAAAUGGUGUGGUUUAGGUAUCUGUAUGUGAUGUUCUCCAGGUACAUGGUAAUAAAUACACUAAGGAAAGUUAAUUUGGUUGAUAUUGAACUUGAACUAGAAGUUGAUGAUUGAAUAAUAUAAUUGUAUCUGUUUAAAUUGCAUUGGACAUUGCUGCAUCAAAGAAGCUAUCAAAAUACACAAAAUCAUAUACAAUGAAUUGAUCUCUUAUUCCAAUUAAAGUUUUUUUUUUUGUGACAGUGUAGUUAAUUAGGAAAAUUUUAUGUGUAAUUUAAGAUAUUUUUUAAUUCAAUAACUCAGGGGUUAACAACCUUUUUAAUCAAUGGGCCAAUUUAAGUUUAAUUUUUUUUGUGGGCUGCACAUAUUUUAACUAUUAUUAAUAAUUUAAGGAACUUAAUUUUUUUAUUAAAAACAAAAGCGUAUCCUUGCUGGUUACUGUUUUCUGUAUCUAAUAUGGCAAUAAAACUGUCAUCUGUUCAGAACUGAAUAAAUAGGAAUAUUGAAAUAUAUUCUCCCAUAUGGUAGUCAAAUAAAAAAAAUAUAUAUACACAGAUUUGUUCAGGAAGUCACGACAUGAGAAGAUAGGAUACACAACACAAGCAUUAGAGAAUAUUUAUAGAUAAGAUCACAAAUUAAUUUACGAAUUCACACAAGUUAUAAUAACUAUUUUUUUUUCAAUAAAGCUCUCUAGUUUUUAAUAAUGUUUAAUGUAACCAUUUGAUUAUUUUCUGCGAUCAUAAAAUGAAGACAGGAUGUUAAAUAAGUAGAAAUAAAAUAUGACCCUUGUAUGGUCAUUUUGGGCAAGCCUCCGACAAUAUGGACUGACAUACUUACCUAUUGAAGCUCAAGGGAACCUGAAGAAUCUGGUCAUUGUGAUGGACCUGCAGGAAGGCUAUAUCCAGCAAUGAUGUCUGUAGACUGAUGAUAAUUGCAUCCCAUUAUAAUAACAAAUGGUUCAAGUUGAAUUUAUAGUAUAAUUAUUUAGUACAGUAAAUUAAUUGUUUUUUCAAACUAAUGGAACCAAUCGUCUUCAAGACCUAAAUGUACUCAUUCUAAUAUUGAGUUACGCCUUCAAAAUAAGAUUUUAAAACUUUUAAACUUACUCAACCAUCAUGCCUGUGUAAUUGAAUUUAUGUAAGUCAGUAGUUCUUGAUCAUUUUUAACUAAGUCAUGUUAAUUGGUUAUACAUUUGAAAAUUAUACUCAGAAUAAUUUUGUUAUUUUAACCUCCUAUAAGGGAACAUACCCAUACUACGUGACCUAUUUUUUUAGUUUUUUCGACCUCUCCCUCCCCUCGGUGAUCACUCGUAUUAUAUGCCAAGACCCCCCUCUCCCCCUUCACUUUUCACAUAGUAAUUCGUAGUUAUGGUUUUUAAUCAUUUCACAGGAAAAAAUAGAAAAAAAUAUAUAUAUAUAUUUGGUUUAUACUCGUCUUUAUUGCAUAAGACUGCAUGCACACUUAAAUUACUAGUGAAUUAUGUAGUGUGAGUUUACAAAGCGCUAAACACUGCGCGCUAUAUUCGAAUAUAGGUCAAAAAAAUACGAGAUUUCUCUCAUUAAAAUCGACUACGUGACAAAAACCUGAGCCACCCCCCGCUCCUGUGACUGACCGUAGUAUUUUAAAGACUCCGCUCAAGCCCCCCCCCCCCCCCCCCCCUAAACGGGUCACGUAGUAUGGGUACGUUCCCUAACACAGAGAUAGUUUUUCCAAACAGGUAUUUAUAUGCUUUUGUUCAAAUAACAACUUAAUUCUAAAAAUCAUAUAAUUAACCAUUGAAAUUAUUGAAUAAAUAUGUGAAUUAAAAUAAGGUAUUUUAAUGGAGGUAUAACCACCAUCUUGCCUUUGAUGUCUAUAGCCUAUCGACGUGUAGUUCUGAGCUGAUCCAACUAUGAGCAGUAAAAUAAAAACGUAUUUUAGAUAGGAAACUUUUCAGCAUUGUGACAGAUUUGUUGUACAAUAAGUAUUAACAAUAUUUUAAUAAACACAAACUAACCGGAACGAGUUCUUAAUUUUAUCAUAGAUUGAAUGCAUUCGAUAAUUGAGGUUUUUGUUAGUUUUUAAACUGGUUAGAAAAAAAAUUUAUAAGCUUUCUUUUCAAAACAUUUAAUAAAUUACGAUAACGCGAUCAAAAAGCUUUUAUGUAAGCUCCUUUUAAAUGUGUUGUGAGCUGAUUUGCCUAAAUCGUAGGGUACAGAAAAAAACAAUUAUUAGCUUAUGGCAACCCUAACUUAUGGAGUAGGCUUGGGUCGCGAACAAACCCAAAUUUAGUGGUUAAUUUCAUAUAUUAUUAGACCUAAGCCAUUAAGUGAUAAGUAGGUGGGUACUAAAUUCAUCUACAUCCUUGUAUAGUGUAUGUUAUGAAGUUUUUUUUUUUAAUACGAAGGAUUUUAUUAUGAACGCUUUCUUAAGCUUGUAAGAAUCAUAUAAACGUUACUAAUGUCUUGUACUUUAGUGUUAUUUAUAUUGUUUUAUAAUAUUGUCUGUACACUAUUUACAUGUAUUACAUAUUAAUUUUGUUUUAAGUUAGGACUGAAAGUCAUGUUUAAGAGCGAUACCCUUUUUUCCUGUGAUAAAUUUAUAUUCCAUGUAGUCUGAGCACAAAAAACAACUAAAGAUAUUGAUUUUAUGUUUAUUCUAAGUAAGUUUUAAAUUAUCAUUAGUGCCAUAUUUUUUUUCGAAAUACAAUAAAUAUAAAAUCAGUUCCUUUUUUACUAGAUAUAAGUAUUGAUUUUGUUUUGUAUAUAUUUUGUGUCAUUUAUAUUCAAAACAGAUUAAAUUAUUCAUCAAUUGAAUUCUGAAGUUUGAAUUCAAAUAGUAUAAACUUUCUGGGAAAUAAAAACAAAGCAACAGAUUAAGUUACUUUUAUUCAUAUUGGCAUCAAAUCGAUAGUUACAUUUUACAACAAAUAUUAUUAAUAGGUACAAUAUAUAUUUUUUAUUAAUUUUAAAUGCAAAUCUUUAAAUUAGCUAAACAUUUAAAAAUUGACAAUUUUAGCUAUUAAAACACUAUUUGACGCAAAUUUCCUACGGAUGUCUAUCUUAGAACAGUGAAACAGCAAUUCUUACUUAGUAAAAUGUAUCUCUUGGGAUUAGUAAACAUGCGAAAUUUAUUUAAACUUAAUGGAAGCAAAAAAAUAAUAAUUACGUGUACAUUCAUUUGGUAACUGCAAUAGCAACAAAAGCAAAUAAACUUGAAAUAAUAUGUACAUUUUACUAUUCAUGUACUGACUGUAUGGUAGGUAGGGCACAUUAUUUCCGUCUAGAUAAUAUUGCUAUCGGAAUUUUUCUUAUACCUUGGUCUAAAAUACAUAGUUUACUUGAAAUCGUUUGCAAGUUAAUUUAAAACAAACAUCAAAAGCACUAAACAAGCUAGAAGCGAAUGGCCAACAGAAUAAAAAAAAAGUAAUCAAAUACAUAUCUUAUAUUUGACGUAAAACUUAUAACAACAUAAGUAAAAAAUACUUGAAACAUAGUGCAUUAUUAAGCAAAUACAAAACGUUAUUUAAAGCUCCUGAAAAUUACGAAAGGAACUUAAUGUUUUUUACUAUAAUUUUCAAAGAAAUACUUUCGUAAAAUUUUCAAGAGCUUUGAAUAGCCUUAUUUAAGACUGUAAAUACAUGGCUAUGAAGACUGAAAUAACAUUAAUAAAUAAACAUUACAUAUGUUUUAAAAAUUGUAAAUUUUGCUUUGUUUAUUUUCUUGAACAAUACACAAUGAUACAAAGUGGUUAUUUAUAUUAGGUACUGCACUUAUUUCAGAGAGCCAUUUUGUAUGAGGAGAAAAACAAUCGGCAAAUCAAACUAGGAAAUGCUCGAACGACAACCGGCACAGUUUGGAAUGUCACACAAUAUUUUAAAAUACUGAUUCGUUAAAAGAAACUUAUUUCAUAAAAAAAAAAUAUACAUGCCAUUAUGGUACGGUGUUGCAAAUUGAACCACAUCCCAAUUUACGAAUUACAAUUAAUUUACCAAAGAACGUCCCAAUGACCUUUUAAACCACAGUUAAGUUAAAUAUUCGUCUUGCAACACCAAAGUUAUCAAUAAACCAAAAUUCCACUUCACAUAAUUUGCUAUUAUUAAAACAUAUUUCUGCACCAAUAAUAUUUUAUUUCACAUAGAACCACUCUCGACCAAACUAGGAUAUACUAUUGCGCAAAGAUACUUACAAUAUUUACUUUCUUUUCAAUUAAUUUACCUACUAUCAAUUAAUAUAAAUACACAACAGCCCAAAUGGUUCUUUCGAACCUUUCAACUUAACAAAAUAUAUUAUGUUAAUAGUUAAACUGAAAAUUUAUAGUUUCCGUUGACAUAAAAUGCUUUUAUACUAUAUUUAUUCACCAAUCGAUUUUCUAAUAAGUAAUUGUCAAAGAUUUAUAUCGAAUUGUGUUAAUCAGUAAUAAGGUAACGACAACACUACCUGAAAACAACCACUGACUACAUUCACUUAAUGGUUAUUUAUUAUAUUAACUACGCCGCACUUUAAUAAUAAUUAUUAUUUACCUAAUGGUAAUCUAUGCCCAAGCAUCACAUAUCGACGAAUUCCUUUUGUAUCGCCUUUUUCUCGACUUAUUGUAUUACGAAUUGAAUCGGUCGAGUAAAAACGUUUAAACAAUAACUAUAUAUAUAGUACACACAGUGGCAUCUUAUUGUUUUGUAAGCCAAAAUAAAUUUUGAAUAUUUUUCAACAUAAUUCCAAUUGAGACGUGAAUUAUUUUCAUUUGUCAGAAAACAAUCUCGAGAAUUCGAAGCUCGGGCAUAAAUAUGAACGUGAAAAUAUGCGUACCGAGUGCGGAACUCGAUAAAUUUUUAUUGCUUUUCAAAGGGAAAAUAUCCCACUAAACGUUUUAACAUCCAACUAAUAAUAGUUUCAAAAACUAUGUUUACAGUCAUUAAAAACACUUACACGGUGUAAUCUCGCCCUUAAAAAUUUAAAGUUAAUGUUUUCAAUUCUGAUCGGACAUUUUUCUAUCUCUAUCUCUCUCUCUCUUUCUCUAUUUCACCGGCGUAACUAAAUCGAUUCAAGUUGAUUCUUGUCUCACCUUCUGCCUUAGUCGAAAAUAGUAAUCAUACAGUUUUGCACUCUUAAAUUCGGGUGCAUUUCUUUUUUUAUUGCUUAGAUUUGUGGGCGAACUCACAGCCCACCUGGUGUUAAGUGGUUACUCGAGCCCAUAGACAUCUACAACGUAAAUGCGCCACACGCCUUGAGAUAUAAGUUCUAAGGUCUCAGUAUAGUUACAACGGCUGCCCCACCCUACGAACCGAAACGCAUUACUGCUUCACGGCAGAAAUAGACGGGGUGGUGGUACCUACCCGUGCGGACUUACAAUAGGUCCUACCACCAAUAAGCAUAAAUAAAUUUGUACUAAAACAUCGCAGGGCGGUGUGAAACUUUACCUAAUCGUUCAUCCUUUUCUAACGUUCGCUUUACAGAGAGAGAUAGCGAGAUUUGCCCGACCGACACGCACGUACAGUACGAGCUCGAGUUAAACCGUAAAAGUGUUUUUAAUCUCGUGUGGGACUCGCGAAAACCUAAUAAAAUGAGGCCUAUAAAAUCAAAAGCCGCUAAACGCCUUUAAAGUCGCAAAAUGAAUUAAUUAUGGCGCCAUCUAGUUUAGUUAGUUGGACGCGCUUUAGUGUUUUUAUGUUAUAACAAAUGCAGUUAAAUCUCUAGCGAAUUCAGUUCAAAAAUUUUAUUUUUACUCUGCACUCAAAUAUAAACGAAGUUUUAUCAUUUAAAAUUCAGAUUAUUAGUAAUAUUGUCAUAAAUCUGUUUUAAAAUAUAGAAUAUCGUAGCUAUCCGAACAAAGUUAUUUCAGCUACUC